UCUUUCUCUGCUGGGCUGUGUGUAGAUGUCGGUGGAGAAGGGACUUUAGUCGUGCCGGGACUGAGCCGCCGUCCAGUCCUCUCUCUCCCCCUUUCUUCUUUUUUAGUGAAAACAGCUUUGUGGCCGCGCCCGUUCGCUCUCUUGUGUGUUUUGUUGUGUGUGUGUUGUGUGUUUCUUGUCACUCACGAAAACGAAAGAAAGGAAAAAUUACGGGAAAAACAAACAUCCAUCGAGCGAUAAACCGAAAAGUUUUGUUUGGCGAAAUUUUUCAUUUUUGAUCGAAACCACAACAUAACGCGCCGCCACCGCCGCCGCCGCUCUGCUGCCGCUUCUUCUGCGCCAGUUUGUUGUUUUUCUUUUUCAUUUUUUCGCCCAGUUGAUUUCCGAUUUAGCCGUCGCCGCUGCAAAGAGAAGUUUAAGAGAGAUAACACACACACAUAGAAUCGCGCUGCUUUUGUUGUACGAUUUUUAUUUGAUCGUCAAACCGCAAGCGACCACCGCAUUUUCUCACUUUUCCUCUUUGGCUCUGAUUUCGGUGUGUCUGUGUGUGUGUCUUUGUGUGCGCGCCUGUGUGUGAGUGUGUUCCAGCAGCCCAACACACACUGGAGAAAAGAAGGGACGCACAUUCUUUAGAGUUUUUUGGUUUUGUUGAAAAUUGGCUCCGCUCCGCUGCUGCUGCCGCCGCCGCUAGAAAUUCCCUGUUAUCUUCUGAUUCAGAUCAUCACACACACACUUGGGGACGACGACGACAACAACAACAACAUCCACAGGUUCUCACUUGAAAAAAAAAUCGACGCGGAUUGUCAUCGAAAUUCUCUCUCUCUCUCGCUCGUCGCUUUUUCUCUGUGCGGCUCAAAGAAACUCAACACGUCGCCGGAUCGUGAUUACAUAUGCGUCUCGCUCCUUCUGAUACAUCAAGACAACAACUCUCAACUCUCUCGUGUGUCUUCUGUGGUUCUUCUUCUUCUUCUCCCACCAUCGAUCCAUCACGCACGCCAACCGAGGGAGAGAAACGAAAUAUAAAUUGAGUUUUUUUUUCUUAUUCCCCCCCUCGUCGAAAUCAUCGAAACCCAAAAAGGAAAAACUUAAACUCGCGAGCUCUUUUUUCUUGGUGCAGACAGGACAUCAAAAAAGGAGGAUUGUGUCGACAGCCCCCCGUUCUUUGUGUGACGUCAUCCCGCUUCCUUGAAAAGAAACCGAUCCUUUUGUUUGUGUGUCUAUGUGUGUGAUUGUGCCGUGCUUUUAAUCGAUCGCGUAGACGACAACAAAAAUUAAAGAGCGGCGAUCUUUUUCAUUGAUCAUUCAUUCAAAAAAGAUCGACCGGUUCUAAAAACACUCGAACUUGGUAGGGAAAAAGACACACGAAAAUAAUCAAAAGUCGACUAGAAAAGUGGAGUCGACUAGUGGCCGUGUGUGUUGGUGUUGAAUCAUCAUCAACAGAAAACAGCCCGAGACCAAUCAUCAUCAGCUGCUGCUGCUAGCGCCCAGUGCUGGCCCUCCUAGAGUAACCGUCUGAAUAGUAUGGCUGUGGUGAACGUCAACAAUCUAAAUAACAUGAUCAAUGCCAAAGACUCGCGCUGGCUCCAGCUGGAGGUCUGCCGCGAGUUCCAGCGCUCCAAGUGCUCCCGCUCCGACUCGGAAUGCAAAUUCGCCCACCCGCCAGCCAACGUCGAGGUGCAGAAUGGACGCGUCAUCGCCUGUUACGACAGUAUCAAGGGCCGAUGCAAUCGUGAGAAGCCGCCGUGCAAAUACUUUCACCCACCGCAGCACCUCAAGGACCAGCUGUUGAUCAACGGGCGCAAUCACCUUGCCCUCAAGAACGCGCUGAUGCUUCAAAUGGGCAUGGCGCCGGCUGGCCAGUCCGUCUUACCAGGACAGAUACCCACUAUCGACUACGAGUUUCGGCCGGUGAGAUGUCUACCGUCUUCCGUUCACGAUUGGUGUGAAAUGUCUGCAUCUCCGUACCUGGGAAUGCCACAGUUGAGUUCGCCCUACAGUCACUACACGAUGAGCGCCAGUCCCAUGCUGCAGGUGGUCUCGCCGGCCGAGGCGGCCGUCAACUCUCAGCUGGGCGUCGUGGCUGCCGCUCAGGCCGGUGGCGCCGGAGUCGGUGGCUACCACGGGGCGCCGGCCAACAAGCUCCAACGCUCCGACCGCAUCGAGAUGGAAACGUGUCAGAACAACAACGCGGCGACGUCUGGACUUCAACAGCAACAGCAAUUACUGCUCCUGCCCGUGAACUUGGUGAUGGAUGACAACUGUUCCGCCGCUGCCGCCGCCGCCGCAACGACCGCCGCCGCUGCUGCUGCUGCUGCCACCAGCCUGCGCAUGGCCAAGAGACAACGGGACCCGGUCGAUGAAGACCAUUUGCCUAUGAACGAACUCAACAACCAGCUGCCCAGCAGCAACACAACGUUCUAUUUUCCGGCUUACCCUGGGAUGAUGCAACAAUACAAGCGCUCUGCCGGCGACAAGAAUUCGGCGGCGCAGAACAUGGCGGCCGUGUACCAGCAGCACCAGCAGAGCGCGGCCAACGCGUCGCACCAGGCGGCCAUGACGGCCGCGGCCUACCAAGCCCAGGCCUUGAUGCAGUUGCAGCAGCAGCCUUACGGCGUUCCCGUCUCAUGUGAGUACAACACUCUGGUCUCCUCCUCCUCCACUUCCACUUCCACCACCUCUGCCACUUGCUCCUCCUCCUCCUCGUCCACAACUAGCAAUCCUCCAGCUGUCACAAUCAACAAUCUAGCAGCUACUACUACUACUACCACUACUACUGCUGCUCCUCCUCAUGCUCCUGCUGCUCCUGGUUUGGUAGCCACGGCGGCGGCAAACGUCACCACUUCUUCUUCUUCUUCUUCUAUUCCUUCUUCCAUUCCUUUAUCCUCCUCUUCCUCCUCCUCGACUGGAGGUCUCCUAAUCGCAGCCAAUCCUUGUCCUUCUUCUUCUUCUUCUUCUUUGACAACCAACACGACCACGACCAAUAGCUCCUCUUUACACAACCCAAUCGCUUCCAGUGCUUCUUCUUCUUCUUCUUCUUCUGGUUUCAAUUCGAUAUUGCCCGCAUUGUCGACGGCCGCUGGCCCUCUGGCCCUUGGUGGUGGUGGCGCCGUCAAAGUCUCGUCUGCUGCUGGUGGUGGUGGUGGCCUUCUCCAGCCUCCCACCGGCUUGAGUUUAGCUCUGACCAACGGUAAUGCGGCCGCCUACGAGGCGGCCACUCUGGCCGCUCUGACCAACUUCUCCAACGCCAAACGGGCGACGGAAGAGUCUGAGCGGGCGGCCGCCGAAAUGGAAGCCCUGGCGGCCGCCGCUGCCGCCGAGGAGGAGGACGACUCCUCUUCCGCCUUGUGCAUGAACAACAACAACAACAUCAACAGCAUUAGCGGCUGCAUUAAUAGUAGUAGUACUGUUGUUGGUACGAGCACGAUUAGUCACGGUAGUACUCUUAGUAGCCAACUCGGCGGCCAUUUUCCCAUGGCGGCAUCUUCAUCCGCCUCCUCCAUUUCUUCUUCCGCCGCCCCCACGGGCGCCUCGAUCGUCUCCCUGAUGAGUUCAGUCGGCGCCGGCAUCAAACGGCCGCGCUCGCCCAAUUCCAGCCAACAACAACAACAGCAGCCGCACCAAAUGUCGAAUCAUUUGGCGUCGCAAUUCUCUUCCAACUCGCCCAGUAGCCUCCUCUCCUUCCCGCCUUCUUCCUCGUCCAUCUCCUCCACUUCCGCCUCGGCGUCGUCGGCCUCCUCGUCGGUGGCGACGGCAGCUGCGGUCGCCGCCGCGGCUGCAGCGGCCGCUUUGCACUACCCGGCCCUGCAGCAGCCGCAAACGGCUCUGGCCUACACUGGCGUCUCGUUGAAUAAGCAGCAACAACAGCUGGCACAGCAACAGCAACAACAACAACAGCACCAACAACAACAACAUCACCAUCAGCUGGCCGCCGUGAGUGCAGCCUCGAUGGCUCCCGGCUCGGCCUCGUUCCCCCAUCAGAUCCAGACGAGUUUGGCCCAGGCCAUGCAACAGCAGUACCAGCAAUAUCUCAAUCCCUAUUACAGUCUGGCCCAGGCUCAGGUCCAGCAACAGGUCCAGGUCACUCCGGCGGCUUUCGCCAAUCCCAGUUACGGCGUCAAUCCGUUCGCCGCCGCCGCCGCCGCCGGAAGCGCCAAUCAUUUGCUAAAUAGCGGUCAUGCCGCCCUCGGGCUGGCCUUGUCCCACCACGGACUAGCGGGCCAACACGGGCACCAUCAAGGCUUGAACGCUGGCCAAUCGCCUCAGGCUCAAGCCGUGGCCGCCGCCGCUGCCCAGCAGAUUCAGGCCCAGCAACAGUUGGCCGCCCUCCAGCAGUUGAUGCAGCAGAAUCCCGGUCUGAUGGCCGCCGCGGCCGCUGCCGGCUAUCACCCGGGUGCCCAUCACCCACUGUCCGGCUCGGGCUCCGUUAACGCCUCCAACUCCUCCCAUCAGGCCGCCGCCGCUCAGGCUGCAGCGGGCAGCGCUCUCGUAUCAACUAACGUUCUCAGUGUCAACUACACUGACGAACAAGGCCAAUUACUGGACACCCUCCCGGUCUGCCGCGAUUUUAAGUACGGCGAAUGCAAACGCGCUGCCUGCAAGUACAUCCACCUUCUCGACGAUCACGUGGAGAUUACAGACAUGCGCGUUACCGUGUGCCGAGAUGCCGUGUCUGGCAAAUGCCUCCGGAAUUCAUGCAAAUUCUAUCACCUUCCUAUCGUGUUGCCUCAUCCGGCCACCCUCGCCUCGUCUCUGGCUCGGUGAAUCAGUUGCCACAUACACAAACACUCACACAAAAACACACACAGACGAUGAUGCUCCCCCCUUCAUCAACAUUUAACAAGACAAGACAAAUAAUUCUACAGAAAAAGCAAAAAAAGCAAAAAAAAAAAAAAAUACCAACACAUGAUCUUCGUGCUCUUCUCUUCCAUCAUCUCCAUCAAGUCGCCGACACGUUUUCUCGUACUCCCGGAACUCCGCGCGUACGGUUCACAUCCUUUUCUCCCCACCUGUUAUAAUCCUCCAGAUGAUUUAUCUCUUUUCUCCAUCCAUCUUUCUUCUCAAGAGACACAAACUUCAAUUUCUUACUUCUUCUCUCCGACAAAAACAAAACAAAAAAGAAUUCUCAACAAAACACGUUUGUUUUCAAAUUGGUCUCGUUGACUCAAGAUCAUCAGUUGUCGUCGUCUCCUCGAUCACGAAUUUGUUUCUAUCGAUUCUCUCGCUCCCCCAUUUCUAGGUUCUUUCUCGAAUUUUUGUUUUUGUUUUUAAUCUUUCCAAUUCUUCGAGUAGCGUGUAUGAACUAUCUUUUCUUUCCCCGUUCGUUCACUUCGUUCACGGACCAAGUCCGCCUUCAAGAAGACUGAAAAAGAUUUAACAAAUUUUUGACCAGAAAUUAAAAAAACAAAUUUUUUUUUUUUUGAAAAAAGAUUCGAGACCAAAAAAAGCUACCAGAUGAAACGACAAAAGUCCCGCUAUCUUUCUGCCUCUCCUACUACUCCAUUUAAAAAAAAAGAAAAAAUUGUCUCACAUCAAAUUAUAGUUUAAGUUUAGAUGCAAAACCCCGGUGAGAGAAGAACACGCACCCUCCCCCCAAAAAAGGAAGAGAGAGUGAGAGAGCGAGCGAAUGUUGUGUUUCUGUGUGUUGUACCGUGUGUUCGUCAGUACCCUUGAAAAGGGGCGAUUUUGUCAUCGGACACAAGAGAACGCUAAAAAAACAAAAAUUGCCAUACCCAUUUGAGAGGAAAGGAAAUUCAACCCAAUGCAAAAUUUUAUUAAUUUUUUCCCUUUAAAAAUUUAGAAGAAACAAAAUAGAAAAAAAACAAAAAAACAAAAGAGUUUUUUUAAAAGAAUAGAAAAACAUCUCCCCCUUGCUGGAAAGAAAGGCUUAGUUGCGGAUGGGAAUGAUGUUGUUGUGGUCUAGUCAAGUCCACGGAUCUAAAGGGUUAAUGUGUUUUGUGUACUGUACGUAGACAUAUCGGAAGGGAAGAAAGAAAGAGAAGAAAUGAUAUUAUCGAGACGGAUUAUAAUGGGCAAGGGUUCUUUUUUUAUUUUUGUCGUUUUGUGUUGGGAGUAGAAGAGAAUCAAACAAAUUAGGUUACCAGACAAAAGCAAUCUCCUUGAAAAAAAAAUGACAUUUUUCUCUUUUCAGUUGAACAGAGGGACAAACGUGCGGGACAAUCGUUAUUUUGAAAAUAAUAAAGAAGCCGAGUCGAGCAGAAAAUCAAGCGUGCCCGUUUCCUUUAAAAAAAAUGUUAUUUUGUUUUUCUUCUUUUGUUUCGUUUUUAUUUUAUUUUUUUGAAGACAAAAUUUAAAAACUUGCGCAGAAAGGCCUUUGAACUCCUCACCAAUCGACCACAUGCUGGUGAACGGAGUCUUGCAAUCACCCUUCCUGAGUUGCACGAUUCAAUAAAAAAAAGACCCCCAAAUGAGAAAAAUUUAAGUCGCUAUAGCUGGGCUUCAGCCGAUUCUGUUCAAGAUUCCCUUUGCUUUUCUAUUUUGCUAGGUUUUUUUUUGUCGUCUAGGGCGGUCCCUCUCCCGCGUUUCAAGCUGAUCGGCCCCGUUAGUUUUUUCUUCAUCGCCAGACACUUGAGACAGCGAAUAUAUUAUUAUUAUCCCUUUGGCUUAAAAUUUUUUUUUUAAAUGCUUCCUUUGGCGACGCGCAUUCAUCAUUGCCCACACAGACACACCAUAUACAUUUAUACUUGCGUACACAGCUUUUGUCUCUAUUUGCAUAUUGAAUAUAUCGCUCCCUUCUUUCGCAUUAGUCCCAUCAUACCAACUAAGAUUGUUUGUUUUAUUUUAAUUUUUUCAAAGAUGGGAAAUUCUCUUUUUGUGUCAAACAAAUGUGGAGCCCCGAAACGAGUUAGUAAACCCAACUCUCGCCGAUGCGUUCUUCAUUUCAUCCAGCAAGUUUUUCAUUCAUUUCCCCGAAAUCGUUGCGACAUCAAUUAGAUAAAUCCUCCUGUUUGUUUCUUUUUUUCCCUCUCUAUUAUUAUACGAAGAUGAAUGCUCCCCCUCAUCUCGUUUUGACAUGUAGUCGUUCGCUGUCUCGUUAACCAAAAUCACGUAGCUUAAACAUAUAACUAGAGUUGAUAUAGCUUCGCUCGCCCGUGAGAGAGAGCAUCAUUUUCAUUAAUGUUCCGAUGUUGUCCGCGCAUCGAACGGUGGCGGGAAUAGAAUUUUUGCAGAUUUUUUUUUUCUCUCUCUAUCUCUCGCUCUCUCUCUCUUUUUUACCAUCCCCGUUUCGCUCUCAUUAUCUUCCCGUUGAUAACGCAAUCGAAAACGAUCGCGAUGCUUUGUGCUUUUCUCUCCUUUUUUAUUUUUUUCUCGGAUUAUUAUCGAUAAUAUUGUGGACAUUGUUUUGCUCUCCCUCUCUCUCUGUCGGAACUCUUUGCUUGACAACAUGGGAAAACAAUUUUGCGGUUGCGAAUGCGGAUUAUUUUUUUAUUUUUAUUUUUUUUUCUCAUGUAGGAAAACACAACCACACACAAGGCGCACUCGCUUCAAUGCCCUCCCUCACACACCUCCCACUUUUUGCUAACGUCCAGUAGAUUUCCAUUGGAACAGGAAACGGAACUUUUUUUUUUUAAAUUUUUAUUUAAUUUUUGUUUGUUCGUUUUUUUUUUCAAACCCCCUUUUUCCGAACGUGCAAAAAAAAACCAACAAACAAUACGAACCCACACUUUAGAAAUUCCUUGAUUUUUUUCUUUCUCUUUCAAAAAGGCCGCCAAAACUACAAUUUUCAAAAAACAAAACAAACAAAACAAAACAUAUAGAACCGUCAGCAUUCCUACUCGACAAAAAUGUUCGUUUCUCUUAGAAAUUUCAAAAUUUUCAGAGGUCGAAAAGUUAAAAGAAAGACAGCUGAUAGUAGUCUCCUUUUUCAAAAUUUUUGCGGAGGACAAGAGUUCAUUCGGACUGAGUUGUGAUACGCUCUUUUUUCGACACAUAUAUAUAAAUAUACAUAUAAUAGAAAGAAAAAAAAAGCAAAACAUGUCGUGGUCGGAAGACGUGUUUUUUUGGGAGUCCCACUGAGAGAAUUUUUCUUAUAGAGUUGAGAAAUAAGCCCAUUUUUGAAAUAUUUUUUUUUUAUUUUGAAUUAUUAUUAUCAUUAUUAUUUUAUUUUUCAAAUCGUGAAGCAACCAUUUAUUAAAUCCUGUAUCGGUUUCCCACAUCAAGAUUUUUUUUUUCAAUUAUUAUUCAUUUAGAACAGACUAUGAAUAUUGAUUGUGUGACUUGUUCUUUAUUUUAUUUUUCUUAAUAUUCUUCCAUUUCGGAGUUUCUCUUUAUUAUAUACUUGACUCGUGUCUUUGUUAUCAUGAAUAUUGUGUAAGCCAAGUUAAAAAGAAGUUGUCAUCUCAUCAACCAUAUGAUUACUGUACCCCCCCCCAUUCGACGAUUUGUUCUUUAUUUUUCCGGUAAGGCCAGUGGCGCGGUGCAGAUUCUAAAAUGUUUUCGAUUUAUCAUUUUUGUUGUUUCGUUUUUUUUUUUUUUUUUCCUCUAUCCCUGUUCCCCCCUUCACUUUUUCCCCCUCUACACCGCUCUAAAAUUAUGAUAUUCUCACACCCUUCUCUUAUAUAUCCAUCUAUGGACGGUGGACAUUAUAUCCGAAAAAAAAAGAGUCUGAUCGAGUAAAAGUUAACUAAGUGUAUGCAAAUUGAUCGAUGAAAAAAAAAGAGGAAAAAAAUACUCGUAAGUGAACAAAGAAAAAAGGGCAAACAAGUUAUUUGUGAAUGUUAACACUUCAUCAUGGUUGUUGUUUUGCUGGGUGUGUUCUUUCCCUCCCCCCCUUUGAUUCAGUGGUGAACCGAAAGACAUUCGGUUCAGAGUUCGUUGAAUUAGUUAUUGAAAAGGAGAGGCAAUUGAGAAAAAAAAAUCAGACAUAUUUGAAGUAAUAAAAAGUAAGGGUAAUGCGUGACUUGUUUCAUCGAACUUAUUUGCAUGUUGAUUUAAAAAACAAACAAAAAAAAAUUAAAAAUAAACAAACAAACAAACAAAAAAAAAAAAUAUAUUUCGUUGUGCUGAGCCUGGAUCGAUGGGGCGAGUCGUUUUUAUAUACGGGGGCCGGUUGAAUGCCAAAAUGUGACAACCAACCAGUCUCAUCAUCGUACAUCAUAUUAUAAUCAUUUGAACUUCCCCCUUCUUCCCUCAUAUUCUCUAUAUCCACCGACAACACACACACAAUGUACUCAUUUAAAUUUCGGCGAACAACAUGAACAAUUCGAAACAUGUUGGUCUUUCAGUAAGUUCAAGUGUAUUGUGGGCAUGUAAAAAGUAAUACAUUAUCAAAAAAUCA